AUGGCGGUUCUGGUGCUUGAUAAUGGCGCCAGUACUGCCAAAGUCGAAUUUAAUACUGCAGACAGCCCAAGGUAAGGAAUAAAUCCAAAAAAUAGCAGGUCUUUGUACAACCAAUUAUUAACAGGGUAUAUUCUUUCCUUUCUAGGCUUAUUCCAAACUGUAUUUUCAAAGCAAAGAGUGAACGUAGAAAGUUGUUUAUUGGAGAUCAACUGGAGGAAUGCAAAGAUUAUUCGGGUUUGUUUUACGUGAUGCCUUUUCAGAAGGGCGUCUUAGUCAACUGGGAUGUAGAGAAGCAAAUAUGGGAUUACAUAUUCGGCAAGGAAGUGAUGAAGGUAGAACGACAACAUUCCAUGCUGGGUGACUAUUAGUUAUGCCUGCCAACUCUCACGCCUUAGGCGUGAGUCUCACGCCUGCGGGUUGAAAACUUCGAUCUCACGCCGGCUCACGCCUGCGGGCCAAUUUCUCACGCCUGAUUGAAAAAUGUGAGUUGUUGCCGUCUUGCUUGACACAAUUUCCAAAAAUAUGUUAACUCAGACCCAUGUAAGAAACGAAAACCAUGUGUAAAAUGAAUAAAUGACAAUACCUUCCUCGCAAUCUCUGAGUUUUGAAGUGAAAAGUACUGGGAGCGAGAUCGCAUUUAUACGCGUCCUAAUACUUCGGACGUCUUCGGAAGACUUCGGACUUCUUCGGAAGACUUCGGACCUCUUCGGGAUUCUUCGGAAAUGAUCUUGUCGUCUUUAAAAAUCCCAGUACUCCCAGGAUAAAAAUCUCACGCUUAUAUCUCAGAAAAAGUUGGCAGGUAUACUAAGUUAGAGUACCGUAAUGAUUCGAUUUAGCGCCCGGGGCGCUUAUUUACUUUUGGUACCUCAAGGGAGGGCGCUUAUUCGAGACAGGGUGCUUAUUCAGGACAGGGCGCUUAUUUAAUUUUUUGAGAAACAACCUAAUGUUCAAAACAAAACUUUAAUAAAUAUUAAAAUAGCUAACAAUAACAGAACCGCAACAGGAACAAAUUGUUGAAAGUUCAGUUACUUUUAAAAGAAUUGUUCAUUUUAGCAGUAACAAAUAUACAUGUACGGUACGGUGAAUGUUCAUGAGUUUAUCUACGGUAACUAACAAUAACAGAAACUGAAACAGUAAUAAAUCGUUGAAAGUUCAGUUGCUUUUAAAAAAAUUGUUCAUUUUAGCAGUAAUAAACGGUAUACAUGUACAGUACGGUGAAUGUUUAUGAGUUUAUCUAUUCGACGUCGAUGACUUCAGUGUCACUUGCGUCAAUUAUCAAGCUCUCUGGUGCCGCAUCCUCAAUGUCGGAUUCUGUGAUCCCGUCGAAAGGAUCUUUGUAGCGUGAAUUGCUCAUGGCUUGUUGGACAACCUUGAGCCGUUCUAGCCCUACACGGCAAAGCUGAUUUUCUUUGAAGCAGUGAAUGUGUCCGUCCUCUGAUCCAUCCACUGCAACAGUUAGCGCACAGCUCUUGAAUGAAUCGAUAAUCAUUCUUUUGUCCAAGCCAUCCCACGCCGCAAGGAUCCACUUAACUAUCUCUCUCCGGGGUGGAGCACGCAUGUUUCCCGCUGCAGUGAAAGAGUGGGCUUCACCAGCCAUCCAUUCAUCAUACUUCUCCGUGACAUUUGCUUUAAAUGGCUUAUUCCAAACCACGUCGGGCGCUUGGAUGUAUUUCGUACAACCCCCUGGGAUGAACAAAGGAUCUAUCUUUGAUGUCCGUAGUUCUCGUUUGACUGUUUCCAUCACGUGGCACUUGAACGAAUCCCACGCCAAGAUUCGUCGGGUGAAUGAAAACUUCCCCAGAACACUUCUUACCCAGUCAAGGGUCAGUUCUUCGUUCAUCCACCCGUUAGAAGAUGAUGCUACAACACAUUUAGCCUUGAAUUCUUCACUGAGUACUUUGGUUUCUCUCUUAGCACCGGGAAAGGCGAUAAAAGGCUUCAAUUUCAUUCCAUCUGCUUUCGCUGUUAAGCAAACUGAAACCUUUGUCUUCUCGUGACCAGUUGUUUUCAUGGCUAUCGUGUUGUGGCCGAUGGAAUCAACAGUUGUAUUUGAAAGCAUGUCUUGCCAAAUGGCUGUUUCGUCCAUUGCUAUUAUGUCACUGUCACUGUAGGAGAACUUUACACAUAGCCGUCUUGCUUGUAACACACAUGCGAUCAGUUUGUCGAUUAGUUUUUCGGGAUCCUUUUGGGAUUCUGUUGUCUUGUGCCGUAUACAUAACCCAUGUCUGGUCAUGAACUUCUGUACCCACCCAAUGCUUGCCGUGAAUGUUGGAGGAAGUUCCAUUUCCUUGCAUUUCUCCUCGUGGAGAAACCUCGCUUUGCUUCUGAUCAUUUUCCUUGAUACACGAAAACCAUUAGAGCGUCGUUCGUGGACCCAUUCCAAUAAGACUUCUUCAAUAUCCAGAUCAAAAGGCUUUCUUCCCGCGCCGUUGAGUCGCUUUCGCUUGCAACUAGCAGAUUCUAAUUUACUCUGGUUUGCUAGCCACUCUCGUGUUCUCUUCCGGUCUACGUUGAACUUCUUUGCUGCUUUAUAGUUACUAUUGCAUUCAACGGCAAACCGUACGGCUUCUAGUUUAAAUUCUGUUGAAUAAGAAUUGAUCUUUUUGCCAGCAUGAGACUGAGAAGCAUCAGCCUCCAUGUUUUAGCGCAAAGUGAUCACUGUACGCAGCUGGAUACGUGUAAGAAUGAGUUUAGGGUUGCAAGUGAACGUGACUGCUCGCAGCUGUUAAUGAUUCAUCGUAAUUAAGAACAAUGCAAAUGACAUAAAUUAUGAGACAGAAGCGGGAAAGCAACACGAGCAGAAAUUACCCGUGGUAAAUAUUUACGAUUAUGGCUCGUUCAGGGCAUCACUUGAUUUGGAAUUCGAUGUUUGUUUAUGAGGUAGAAUUUUCGUCUGUUAUACGAGGUCAUCAUGUUUACAAAGCGGCGUGGUCUCCAAUCAUAGGAGAGUCUCUGGCAUGCAGGGAAGAUGACCGUAAAGAAGCUAAAGAGCACGAUGAAUACGCAGUUGGGACUUACCUUGAAGCUGAUAACAAACUUGUUGGACAUGUGCCGAUGGAAAUUUCCUUCCUUAUAUUCACAUUUCUCAAAGCCCGCCAUGAGAACAAUGUACAGGUCAAAGUGACUGGAUCAAGGAGACUGGAAAAUGGACUUGUUGUCCCUGGAUCCUUUCUGGCCAGAACGGCCAGCAGAGCAAUCGCCACAAAAUUUGAAGAAGAAAUUAUUCAUUUGAAGGAAUUAUGUACUCACAUGGACAUUACAGUUGAGAAACUCAGAUGAAGACCACUGUUUUUGUAAUACAUUAUUACGUAUGUCAGCUAUUAAAGGAAGAUAAACCACGUUUGAUACGUACUCUGAAGGCGCUGUAAUAAUAUGAGAAUAGGGGGCACUUAUUAGAGUAGGGGCGCUUAUUAGAAUAGGGGCGCUUAUUACAAUAGGCGCGCUUAUUAACAAAAACACAUUCGAAGGGGGGGCGCUUAUUUGGAAGGGGGCCCUUAUUGGAAGGAGGGCGCUAAAUCGAAUCAUUACGGUACUCUCAUUGUAUGCAAUGGAAGUUUUUUGUUACAAGCUUCCAAAACGGGGUCGAUUGUGGUUGCUUUAAUUUUGCUGAGUGAAAUAAUAUCGCACAUGUUAAAUAAAAUAUAGCUUACCUUUAUGUUAUGUAUUUUGUGGUUCAAUUUCAUACUUAAAGGCUUAAAUUUUGGCUUAACUGCAGAAUACCCUGCCACUUAAAAGCAACACCUAAACAUAGGAGGAUACGCGAAUACACGCCCGGAUACUCAGUCACUAUGUAUCCGCGAUCAGAGUAUCCACUUUGUCACUACGUAUCCGUGUAUCCGCAUAUCCCUUUAGUAUAUAUUUUUAAAAUAAGCCUGUUAUCAUAUGAGCCGAUCAAACAAUGGGUACAUUGCGGACAUUAAAUUUGGUUAAUUACAAUAAUAUUAUAAUUACCUACAGAAUUGGAUAACUUCAAGUUCUGUUACCCAUUAAUCAUGACUAAAAUAGGAGAUAAUGAUUUGUGAUAAAUUCAGUCUUUGUUUGUAAAUUACAACACAAGUUCUACCGAUUGAUUUUUGCUAGCACUGAAGUUAGUAUUGCUUUUAGAAAUAUUUGAAACUUUGUUGAUCUAAUCCUCUUCUAAGGUUGACUUUCCUGAAACAACGCUCCUUCUGACUGAGCCGCACUUCAACUUUACCUCUAUCAAAGUAUGUUUGUCUCAUAUUUAUUGUAACUUGUAAUUUUGAUUGCUACAGUAAUUUUAAAGUGGAAAUUGCAGUAAUCUAUGUACAUGUACAUGUAGUUGAAGCCCAGUGAAAGCUGCUUUGUUCUUUAGUCCAUUUUAAAUGCAGGCCGCAGUUACAGAAUAUGGGUAAUGUAAUGCAGUUAUUAAAAAUUGUUUUGGUAGGCUAUAUUUUCUAAUUUUCAAGCAAUAAUUUAAUUUUCUUUUAAGCAAUAGGUUGAAUUUAAUGUUGUGGUUUGAUUUUUUGAUUGGUCAUUAUUGUUUUCUCUUUUUUGGCUGUGUGCUAUUGUGUGAUGUAUCAAGCAGUAUAUAAUGGAAAUAGACACUGACUUGACAGUCACAGUAACAUCAACCAACAACAUUGACAUCCUAAGUUUUUGGCCAACUGUUGAAGUAAUGUUUUUGUUUUCUUAGGAUGCCAGUGAUGAAAUUUUAUUUGAAGAAUAUGGUUUCAAAGCUCUUUGCCGCACAACAGGUAAAUUAGAAUAAAUAUUGGAUAAAGUACAUGGUAAUUACCUUUGCCAUUUCAAAAAAUGCAUAGAAUGCUUAAUUGUGAUUUAAUUGAUUGUACUUGUUUCAAAGCUGCUCAGUUGAGUGCGUUCAAAAGCCAUAAUGAGGAAACCGAGAAGCGCCUUGUCUGUGUGGUGGUAGACUCAGGAUAUUCCUUCACUCAUGUUGUUCCAGUUUUCAAUGGGAAAGCUAUGAAGAAGGGUGUAAAACGGUAAGUUGUCAACUAAUUGAAGUCUCUAAUCCCUUUGAGUCCCAAGAGUGAUCAACAUGAAUUUUCUCCAAACAGUAUCAAUAUGUAAACAAGAGAAAAAGUUAUGAGAAUUAAUAAAGUGAUCACCAAAAGAGCUGUGAGGUGCGGCAAAGAGGGUGGAACUGGGUAGGUCACAUACUUAAGAGAGAGUGUGAAGGACUGCUUUACAGCAUUAUGAUGGACUCCUGAAGGUCGGAGGGGGAGAGGAAGACCAAAAUCUUCUUGGAGAAGGACAGUUGAGAAAGAGUGAAACAAAGUGGGGUGGAAGAGCUGAGAAGUAGCCAAAGCGGUUCCACAAGACACAAAGUGUUGGUCAGACAGCCUGGAGGCCUUAUGCGCCUACUGGUGUGAUAAGACAUGAUGACAAUGAAAAGGGAAAAUGCUUUCAUUGAUCUUUUCACAAUUCUCUUAACAAAUUCUUUAAAGAAAUGUUCAUGGAGAUCAGUCUGAAGAAUUUGUUAAAUAUCGAGAUGCUGGGGCUUAAAUGAUGAAUAAUCUGGUUAUAUAUUUCCAGGAUAUAAAUAGCACAAGAAUGUUCUUUUGCCCUCCCUUACAGAUACUGACUUGUACAUGUGUAUUAAAGGAACUGAAGACUAAUGUACUAUGGCCCAGUUUAUUUCAAGCUAUUAAAUUACAAGUGGCUUUUCUAAUUCUUUAUUAUAGCCCCAAUAGUGGCCCACAUCUAAUUUCUCCCAACAAUAACACUGUCUGAUCAAACAGACAGGUCAUGAGAAUAAACGAAAUGAUCAGCAAAGAUGAAAUGUUGUGAUGUUAGAACAAAUUCUCUCAGGCAGUACCAUAAAGAAUGUGUGAAGAACGGUAAGGAGAAGAUGCAUGUUAAUGUUGGGGAUUAAAGGGUUAAUAGGACUACAGCAAAAAGAACUAAACUGAUGUUAUGAUUUGUUUUUUUUUUAUAAAAUGAUGGCUAUUUUCAUUUUAGUCUCCCUUCCAGCCGUUUUUAGUGGGGAGAAGCGAACUGUGUGAUAACACUAAAAAUGGCUGUGAGGGAGACUACUUUCAUUUUGGAGCUCCUUCUUGUAAGCUCAUAGGCUGAAAGAUGUUGAUUAUUCAAUCAUCUUUGGUGUGCAAUGUAAAGUUGUUUGUAAUUUAAUGUAUGCCAUAUACUUAGAUGUGUUUUCCCCAUGGAUGUUUUUGCAGAAUUAAUGUUGGUGGUAAAUUGUUGACAAAUCAUUUAAAGGAAAUCAUAUCCUACAGGUAAAUAAAACUGGUUUAUGAAUAAAGACAAAGUAUGGAGUUUACGUCUUACUCAUUAGUCAUAAUUACUUGUGUUUAGAUGUGUAUAGAGAUGUAAAAACAAACAAAGUGGUUAAAUGGAGAUAACUCACAUGCAUGUACCAGCUGGGAAGUUGGUCAGUCCAGUUUUUUCCCUCUGGUGAUGAAAAACUUUCUGAGGUUAAAAGUUGCAUUAUGAAAAAAAAUUGCACCUAAUGAAGUGCGAAUGGAGUGAAAAAAUGUGUUUGUUGUAUCAAGGAUAUGUUGUCAGGACUGUAUAUUUUAACACGUUACUGUGACUGAGGCAUAGAAUCAUGGCAAUAGGAGUAGAGAUACCCUUGUACCACCAUACAGGAAUGGAACUCCAGCCCUUUAAAGUUAUAUAUGCCACCAGCACUGCUAUAAAUUGUUGUGCCCUGGGGUCACCUUCCAUUUCAUUCCUAUGAGGCUGUAGAAAAUUAUUUGCUAAUAAUACUGGGAUAUUCAUUAUACAGGUUUGGUUGUAUUGAGGUACCAAAUAUACAUCUACUACCCUGUGUAAUGACUUUGCUAUGCUAAGCCUGAUUGGAAAUGAAGAAACAGAUGCCAGAGUCCAUGUUUGAGCUAUUUAUUGCGGGCACAUACAAAAGCACGCUGUAAUACUGCCACCCUAGGAUACAUGACAAAAUCAUAUAAGGUGUAACACAACAGUAACGUGACAACUUCACCUUAACUUUAGAAAUUGGAUUUCAGUAGCAUUUUUAACAUUUUUUUCACUCUUAGAGUGAAGUGUAGCUUGUCUCUAACUUUUGAGUUUGUGAACAAAAUCCUAUAGUUUUUAGUGUGACCAUUCAAUUGAAGCCUCUUUGUCAGUCUGUUUGUAAACUUGGUACCAUUUGUGUUUGACAGCAGAUUGCAUAAUGUAAUUCAGAAAUGUUGGUGAAUUUUGACUUUGCCUUUUUUGCCUUGUUCUUUUGUUACACAACUGUGUAACAAACAUGACUCACUCUACGUUCUUGUUUUUUAUUAUUGUAUAUUUCAUGGUUAUAAUUUGCAAUGUACUGCUUGUUGUUACAUUCCUGCCUUAAGUGAUUCCCUUUUCUGAAUUUGCAGGCAAUUGCAUGUCUUAGAUGAAACAUAUGUGAUGAAUCAGGUGAGAAACAAUUAACUUCAUAAACACUAAUAUUGUGAUUUGAGUGAUGUAUGGCCAUCACUUUUGAAUGUGGGAUUUUUUGUUCUUUUAAUCUGACAAAUUCCAGUGUGCAAAUGUGAUGACUAUAAGAGUUAUGCUACAAAUGAGUCCAUCCAAAUUCUCUAGCCUUUUAAAACUGUUCACUGUGUUAAACAUAAGGUGAAAAGGAAACUCAGACUGUCCAAACUUUUAAGUAAGUAAAAUUGGGAUAUUUUCAAUCACUGAUGAAUCUCGCCAGCACUAAAGACCCGGACUGCAAGCAAGGGGGUUGUGAGGUCAUGCUCCCCUGGAAACGUUUCAAAUCUUAAUGUUCUGAAAUGCCAUUUCUAGUGUUCUGAGAGGAUAAUUUCUGUCUAAAAUGUUUGCUAAAUCGAUUGUCAGUUUCAUGCUUAUUUACGUGUAUGUUUACAUGGUUUUGUGUACAGGUACUCAAUCUUAUUUUAUAUUUCGUGUGCAGUUUUUUGAAGUUUUCUGGAUAUCAGUUUUAGUUGAGUAUGUGUUAAGUGUUCUUGUAUAAGUAUCCUGAGAAUUCAUUUGAAAAUAACUGAACCGAAUCAUCAAAAUCGGGAUUUUUCCUGUCCUGAUCGCAUAUCGGUCAGGAUUUGGGAUUUUCAAGCAAAAUCAUGAGAAUCCUGAUGAGAUUGGGAUGGUUAGACAGUCUGGAAACUGCAAUGUACAUGUAGCUUCAAUACGAUGCCAUACAGGAACAAUGAACCUAUUUCAUGUCAACUCACAAACAACAAUCAUUGCUACAACUUAUGCCUACUAUGGUUGUACUCUAGAUAAUCAUGAAUUUGAUAUGCAUGAUCUUCUUCAAACAUUGGCUUGUUUAACUUUUAGUGGACUUUUAUUUCCAAAGUCAUUUCCUCUAAAUUGAUUUUAGCAUUCAAGUAAAUUUUUUCAAAUUUAAUUCAUUCUUGGGACAGGUCAAAGAAGACACUUGUUAUGUAUCUGACAACUUCCUGAGGGACAUGAAUAUUGCUAAGUAUGUAAAAGUUUAUGUGUUACUCCUCCUCCAGAAGAAGUUUGUAGUUUCAUCAUUCUUUGCUCUAAUACCAGUGGAUGAUUUUAUUUAAUGUACUCCAGUCAAUAACACAAACAACAAAAAAAAACGAAUGAAACAUACAAGCAUAAAAAGUGUGAUGUCCAGCAUUCUUUCAAGUACAAAAUAUAUUUAUGGCACAUGCUUUCUUUGGCUUAAUUCUGUGUUUAGUUCAAGGAGAAAAUUAAUAAUUGAUUAAGGCAUUUUUUGCUUGCCCUGCAGGCUAAGAGGGACAAAAAAUUCUGUAUUGCGGGACUAUGUUUUACCUGACUACACACACAUAAAGAGAGGCUAUGUUAAGGUCAGUGGGAUUCAUUGUUUUAAGGUUUUGUGUGGUUUUGAUGUGGAUAAUGUAUUAUUUCAGUGCAAAAGACAACAGACAGAAACUUUGAGGAAAAAAACAGACUGAUAGUUGAUUUUUGUGAAGGUUCUUUCAGAGAGAUGCAAUUUUAGUCACAGUCUCCACUAAAAUACAAGGUUCUAAUUUAUUUCAACAAAUUAGGGGCUUAUCAGUUGGAGCAUUUUGUCAAUCAUAGAUGUGAUUUAAAUAAAUGUAAUUUACUAUUCUCUUUAAGGCAAAAAGAACAAGGAGUCUUCAUAAGAUUAUUAUAUGUGCUGGCAAGCCUCUACAAAUUUAAGCUGAGGUUAUUUAUCUUCUUUCUUUUUCAGUCUGCAACAGAAAUGUUGCUUGGAUCAAAGAAAGAGAAUGAACAGGUAAUUGUUCAAUAUAGUUAAAUCCUGCCCAGUGUUUUGACACUGGGGAGAGACAUGAAAUAUUCCGUCGCCUAACACAUCUUAUGGUCAAGUGCAAAUCUCACACCAACGGUUCUUUAAAAGCAAUUUUGAUUAAAAAAAAAACAGACUGUUUUGCAGUCUAUUAGAUGUUUAACUCUGUGAAUUAGUGAGAAAAAAAUGAUAUUCAUUAAAUUGUCCUGUUACUUGCAUUGGUAAAGAAACAGUCAGGCCCUGAACUUAAUGAAGUUAUGUUUCCAUAUAUGUAAUACAUUGUAACAUGUUUUUCCCUUUUCUUAAAGAUCUUACGAAUGAACAAUGAAAGAUUUGCUGUUCCUGAGUUGCUUUUUCAUCCAUCGGAUAUAGGUAAGGCGUCAAAAGAACAAAACUUGCUGCAAACGUGUAUUUAUAGUAGUUAAUCUGUCACCGGUGGGCUUCCAGUGGAUUGGAUGCACCCAUUACCUCCAUUUCUGAGUUUCUCGGAGUUUUUUCCAAUGGUAACGCAAUUCUUUUGGCUUGUAGGAAUCCAAGAAAUGGGAAUCCCAGAGGCAAUUAACCACGCCAUAGAACAGUUGCCAGUUGGUACGUGAUUUAUUUGUACUAAAUGUUGUGGUUGUACAGUGCAGCCUAGCUCAAAAACUGCCUUUACUCUUAUGUUGCUACAGAAUCAUUUAGUACUAAACUGUUUCCAUGACUGAAUGUUGUCAGUGCUAUAUCAUAAUUACAAAUUAAGACUUCUUUUAACAUCCUCUGUCUUUAAACUCAAAAUUAAUUUGAAUUGGAACUCUCCAGCUAGUCAGUAUUCCCUUUCUUUUGCUGUAAGUUACCGAUUAAACUUUAUAAACAGCGCUCGCAACGUGCUCUUCAUCAUUGCAGUCCUCAAAAAUAAUGACAGUAACAUUUCGAAUAUGAGUGGCAUCAAAACGGAAACGUCAAUCUGUCUCUUCAAACAGUUGCUUUUUUGUUUUUAUUUUUUCUCAAUAUCGGUUUUCAAGGCGCAAAGGUCGCCAGCCUCACGCACACACCUUCUCAAGUAAUAUCCAAGGAAAUAGUAGCCAUCAAAAACUGUAAAAUUCUUGGGUGGCAAAAAAGUUAAUGAGCCAUACAUUCUUUUUAACAUUUCACUUGUUUCGGAUUAUUCUUCUUUUAAAACCUUUUUAAAAGAAAACAAUUCGAAACAGUUCAGUACAUCGCGCACAAAUUUUUAGAGAUUAGUAGCAUUACUGUAUACUCAUACAUGUUUUUUCCAUAGCUUGAUCAGAGACUAAAAAGCAUAUGCUAAUGACAGAAGCAAAAAAUCAGACAAAAAUCAGUCGAGUCUUUCGGUAAUUCAAUAGUAGGAUCCCUUAAGGAAAAAUGACUCUUUUGUGAGAUACCCGUCCCGGGAGGACAUCUGUAACACCUGUUUCUCCAUUUUCUUUCAGAAAUGCAGCCGCAUUGCUACAUGAACAUACUACUAACUGGAGGAAAUUCUCUGUUCCCUGGAAUGAAAGAGAGAGUGUAAUUAACCACCUUUUUCUAAUAAUCAAGACCAUCGAGCCCUGAGAGCAAACUUUUAGCCAGCUCAUAGGCAACUAGGCUCGUUCUGCAGCCGUUUUGAGGAAGUCGUUUACCAGCAGUUUGUAUCCUCCUCCCAACAACGUUACAAGGGCGCAGGAAACGACUGGAAAUCGAGCCUAACAGCGAACCAUAUCAGCGCAAUAGACAUUUCCACGUUUUAUUUUUAACUUUUGACAUGGAGGGGCUGGAGAAAACCGUCGACUCCGUUGGAAAGAGCGCCUUUAAAUCAGUAAAGUGAUCUGUCGAUACAAAGGUAUAGCUCCUCUGAGACACGAAAUUUUACAUUUGUGUGUAUGGUGGUGGGGGGAGUGGGGGAGGGGGGCACAAACUUGCCCCCCGCCUUAGAAGCGUUUGUAAAUUUUCGUAACUUUGAGGAGCUGCAUCUUCGCUCGUUUAAGACGCAUCACUUUCAAACUUGGCAAUUUUACAGAUAUAAAACCGCCGCCCGGUUAGCUCAGUUGGAUAAGCGCCGGUCUUCCGAGCGGGAGGCCGCUGGUUCAAGUCCCGGCCGGACCAACACUCAGGGUCUUUAAAUAACUGAGGAGAAAGUGCUGCCUUUGUAAGACAUCUGCAAACGGUUAGACUUUCUAGUCUUCUCGGCUAAGGACGAUAAACCGUAGGCCCCGUCUCACAACCCUUGCAUAUAUAAAUUCUGUUGGACUUUAAAGAACCCACACACUCUUCGUAAAAGUCCCCAGUGUGGUGGUCUAUCUCUCAUGGGGGAAGGGACUGUUACGGGCCCGCAGUAAUUGGUGUCAUACUGUUGCGGUGACCCUGCCAAUAAUUGGCGAAUCUAAUAAAAUAAAUAAAAUAAAAUAAAAGCGCUGUUUCCAGUGGUGUCGACGGAUUUUCCUUAACUGUUGCAUGUCAAAUGUUGAAAAAACCGUGGAAAGGUCUAUUUUAUUUGAUUUCUACCCUUCUAGUAGUGCGUAAAGUUAGAUUAUUUUCUAGGAAUAAUCAGAACUAGAACCAUUUUUAGUAUUGACUUUAUUGUGAAUCUGGGCGAGCUUGGUAGAGGAGUGUUAGACGUUCAGCAUGUAGACUCGAUUUGAAAGCAAGCUUUAUGUGCUCCUUUUUUUAUAUAUAUGUAAGUCUAAGGUAGGGUUGCGUUAUCUUCAUAUCUCACUUUUUAGUAUGCGGUAGUCGUUUUUAUUCAUUAUUUCAUCUCUACUGCAGUCUCGGGCCUUUAUUGUAAGAUCCGUAUUUUACGCUCUUUAACUCGACAAGAUACGUAUCAGUCAAUUACUUGACCCUGUAUAUACAGCUAUUUCGAGAAAGGUUGUCGGAAAAAGUGCACGGGACAAUCCUGAAAGGCAUUGUGGGUGGUUUUGAGUUCACUGUUCUUCAAAGAAAUUUGAAAGAAUUGGCACGAAAGGCUACGAAAAUGUGUUUGCGAGUGCUAAAGGAAAGCAGCAAAAGUAGGUUCGACAGCUAAAGUCGUCAGAAACAGUGUAUCGAUCAUAUCCCAUAUUACCUUUCGGGAUUGUCGCGUGCACAUUUUUCCGACAACCUUUCUCGAAAUAGCUGUAUACUAGUUGAGCCUCUUACAGUUGUGUUGUUUGAGGUUAUUGUCUAGUUUUCUUCACAUAUUUCCUCACUCACUCUUGUUUUUACGUAUUGAUUCUGGGUCUCUGACGCCUUCAAGGAGGUCGUCAUGUGAUUCCUAGUUCUCUAAUCCUGUUUUUCGUCCCUUUUUAGAUUUUCUGAAGUUCGAUCUCUUGCUCCCUGUGAUGUCGAUGUCGCUGUUCAUUGUCCUUCAAAGUAAGCCAUGAUUUUGUAGUUAUGUUGCUAGUUAUGUUUCCUUAGCCCCCCCCCUCCCCCUCCCCCUCCCCCUCCCACUUCAUUUCUAUUUUUUGCUUUCGUCCCAGCUUUCUCUACAAGCUCGCGCGGAAACGCAAGCUACACAAGCUACAUAAGGGCGAUUUUGUAUUAGGUUAUUACCAUACUGGUUCCCUGAGUGAGCUGCUGAUUUUUUUUUCUAUUAGUAGUUGAAGUAGCUAGUUCUUGUAUUUUCAGAUCUAGAAGCAAUGUGCUCUUAGCACAAAGCCUGAUCGUUUUACCUGUACCAACAUUUCGUAGCGUAAUAUGCCCUGUAAGUUGAGAUUGUGUUGCGAUUCGUCGCCAGGCAGUGAAUUAAAUUUUUAUAUAGUCCGUUAUAUUAAAUUUCACGUUAUAAUAUAGUAGCGAAUCCAAGAAUAGACUUCAAGAACUUUGUCUAUGAAGAAUUUGCGACUAUUGAUGCUAUGUUUACUCACGCUAGAGAAUUUUCGGAAUAUGCGGCUGUCCCCAGACCCUUAAAUCUUCAGCUACACCAUGGUGUAAUUUAAAGCCACUACUAUCAUCGUUACGAUAAAAUCGUCUUUGUUCUAGGCCUAUAACGCAUGCGUGGGAAGGUGGAGUUUCCCUGUCCAAGACAGACACGUUUCUUAACAAGAUGUGCGUGACUAAAGCGGAGUACGAUGAACAUGGCAAGAGUAUUUGUAGAGAAAAAUUUGACUCGUAACGUCAUGGAUACACAUCGCUCAGAACUGAUGCUAUAACUAUGCGCCAUGAAGAGUCAAAGCAAAGACAGUAAAAGGCUACGAGGAAGCUGUCU